GCGCGGCGCUGAGCAGGUCUCUUCUUGAGUGUCGAAACUUUUAACUUGUUAGCUCAAGCCUGACGAGACAUGGACUGGAUGCAUCCCCGUGACCAGCUUUUGCACGGAUCGGCGCCUGCCUCCGCGCCAUCCUUCAAGCUUGUGGACUCUAACAACCGCGUGCGCGAGCUCACGGACCCACUAAAGCGUCAGUUGGGCGCUUCUUCCGCUUUCUAUCAGCCCCAGAUGAACGACGACGGACUCUCGGCGGCGGAGUUGGAGGAGCAGCGCCAGCUUGAACAGCAACUGCAGGUUCAAAAGGAGGAGAUGUGCUUUAUUUCGCCACUUCCGCGUCCCGACGCCACCCGUCUGCGCGUGCCUACCACGUCGCACGCCUUCACGUAUGGCGGUUCUAGCUCGUCCAACCUGCACGCAACACCGCCUUUGGCGCCUCCUGUUUCUCCGUUCGCCAGCAUGGCGCUCUCGGCGCCCGCUGCGCCCAUCGGAAAGACCCACAACCCGUUUCUGAGUGCCACAAUCGAGAAUAGCCCGCGUCUGCCGUCUCUAAACGCGAUGCGCAACUCGCCAGGCACACACUUGAAGCCUCUGGGCAUCGCGUCACGUCCCCCGCCGCUCUCAUUGCGUUCGUUCUCGGACGUGUCGACGCUGUCGUCGUCGUCACAGUCCUCUCCGUCGCCGUCGCCGAUCCACCAUCCGCAACUACUGCACCAACACCGCCCCAAAGCCCCGUUGCGCUCGAUGUCCAACUCAUCACUCUCUUCGGCGACCAACACGUCGCCUAUGGUGUACUCGCAGUCGCUCCCAGGCGUGUCUUUCCUCCAAGACAGGAGACGGUCGCGUAUGUCGUUUGACGGUGCCGAGCGCAUGUCAAUUUCAUCCGAGGACGAGGACAGCGGCAUGCGUCUCCUCAGUUCGAGUGUGGGCCGCAGUGAAGGCAGCAGUGACGCAAUGACAGCCGCGGCAAACGCUGCGGCUCAGGCGGCACUAAACAGCGGCUCGCGUAGUGGCCGUGUGUGCAGAUAUGCGAACUGCAGCAACAUUGCUCGUUCUCGUGGACUAUGCCGCACACACGGAGGUGGCAAACGGUGCUCACACCCGAGCUGCAACAAAAGUGCACAGGCGAACCGAAAAUGCAUCGCACACGGUGGCGGCACUCCCUGCUCGUUCGAAGACUGUGAGAAGACGGCACAGUCGCGUGGACUGUGCAAGGCGCACGGUGGAGGCGCUCGUUGCAAACACCCGGACUGCCCCAAGAGCAGCCAAUCCAAGGGACUGUGUCGUGGCCACGGUGGUGGCAUCAAGUGCAAGGCUGAGAGUUGCGAGAAGUGGGUGCAGAAGAACGGGUACUGCAUCAAGCACGGCCGUGAACGCGCAAUGUCCUGAGAAAUCACCUAGCUCCCUUAGUACUGCUGUUGUGCUGUUCAGUGGCUGUCUGGAGCGGGUGGAUUGUUGUUUUUCAUUUAUUCGGUAACGGGUGCGAAGCGUUUCAAGUUUGGAGCGCGUGCGUUGAAGAAGGCAGAAGAGGAAGGACCAACUAGCUGAGCCGAGUGAGCUUGGUGCGUGGAAAGUAUUAUUGACACCCGAGAGUUAUCAAAGCCUACAGAGGCAUGUAUAUAUAAGUGACUUUGAUUUACGUUUUGUCAUAUUCUUGGUCCUUUGGCUAUGAUAAGACUUUUGCUAUAG